AUGGGCGACUUUGUCUCCCGAGCCACACGUGCGUUGUUCUUCUUACCGCCUAUACGGGAGCGGCCUCCUCCUGGCCAACGCCUCAAAUACUCGAAUGACGGCCAUUCGCACCAUGUCAGGGGCGAUUCGAAGACCAGCGGCUCCAACACCCGCAACAGCACCAACUCCAGCAGUAAUGCCAGCGCGCGCAAAAGCAGCACCACCGGCACCGACGGCCGUACUAGCACUCCGACUCGUGACAGCGCUGGCUCUCGCAGCAGCGGCAGCGGCAGCACCAGGAAAAGCAGCGGUAGCAGAAAGGGUAACACCAAUGGCCCCAAAAGCUCUGCCAGCAACCAGACCAGGUCAUCGCCAUCCGUUCAUCCAAUGGAACAAGUGGCGCCCAAGUCUAACGGCCAAGGACCUACGAUGGCCACAUACGGCGACGAAGCCUUUACUGGCGUUGUUAGGAGAUGA